AUUCGAGUUGGAGUUACAAGUUCCGGUGGACGUAGAAAUUGUGUUUUAGAUUGUGAUUAACGUUCAUUGCUCGGGCAAUUUCGACGCGAAGCUAUCAUCAUUGAAUAUUGAAUUAGAUAUAUGAAGUUGUGAAACCGGUUGGUUCGUAAUAACUAAUUUCGUGUGUUUGAGUAUUAUAUUUCGUUUUUACGUAAUUAAAGAGUCGUUAUACGAAAAUGUAUCUACAAUACUUCACGUUUGCUGUUAUUAUCGGUCUCGCACAAUGUCAGUCCACGGAGCCCUCAAUAGCCGAUGCCAUCAACUCCCUGCCUCCAGAACUCCAGGGGAAAGUUGACCAGGCCCAGAUUGAGGCUAUCAGGAACAAGUCAACUGAAGUCUUCAAGGAGAAGUGUGAUAAGAAUGGUGGGCCGGGCGCGUAUGACAAUGCUGAAGCAGCAUUCAAAGAUUUCUCCAAGUGCGUGUCAGCCUUAGUAGAUCCUACAAAAUUGCAAGAAGAAAUCGAAAAUGCAAAACCCAAUGGUCAAGUGGACGAAGUGUUUAAAAGGUACUGCGACAAAACCCCCGACUUCAAGGGCUGUUUCCGCAACAUGACGGACGCGAUCCAGCCUUGCCUCUCUGAGGAGGAGCGCGGGAACAUCAAGACGGUGCACAAUAUUACUGAGCAACUCGCUGAGUUCAUCUGCUUUAAGGAGGGCGAUAGGAUUGCUUUGUUCAUCUCAGAGAAUGGUCCAGAAUGCAUCCAAGAGAAACAGGACGAGAUCCAGCAAUGCUUCAACACCACCAUGGGAUCUAGUUUCAACUUCAACGCGGGAUCCAUAACUGCUGAUAACAUUCCUAUGAUCGUGUUUGGGGAAAAGGAAUGCAAGCAAUUUACGGAGCUCCAAAAGUGCGUGGUCACAACGUUGGAGACAUGCUCAGCGCCCACAUCGGCUAAUAUUGUGGAGUCUCUCUUCAAGUUCGUACUCAAAGGCACACCUUGCAAGGAUAUGGCGGAGGGUAACAAGAGAACUACAAAAGUGGAAGGCAAGAAAGCCAACUCAGCCAAGGGUCUAACCGUCAGUAGCUUAGCUUUGGGCGCGUUAGCCGUUGCAGCUUUAUUCUAAGCCAAAAAACACGACUAUUUCUUCCAUGACAUUCGAUAUUGAGCCCCGUUAUUUCGAUACUGUAAUUAUUAGUUUGGGCUUUAUUAAUGCUGCGCGCAAAAGUGACAAUAGAAGCCAAUUCGACCUAAAUACAGAUGAACAACGAUCUUAAUGUUAAGCUAAAGUAUUAUUACGUAAUUCGUUGAAAUAUGGU